CAUGUCUAAGACUUUUCCACAGCAGUGUACAUGCACUGAGUAUCUGAAAUCGCUUCAAACAUGUUGAAUAAGCCCCAUUGUUUAGUAUGACAGGAUGCACUAUGAGACAGCGAGGGAGGGGGAGCGGGACUAAGUGAGCGAGUCAGGCAGGGUUCCAAUGACAUUUCCUUUCAUUUAGUCUUUCAAGCAGAGAGCUGGUGAGGUUCUUUUCCUAAUUGGGAUGUGUGGGAGGCUCAGUAUAAAUAGAUGUUUCUAUGGAUAGCCCUGAAGGACUGGCACGGAGAGCACCGCUCCAGCAGAUGAGCACUGAUCUUUCUCCAGAUAAAAGGAUGAAGGGAGACCCUGGAUUCAGCCCUGCUGAGGAAGCUCUCUGAAAAGAGAUGACGCAAGGAUAUCAGAGUUGAGCAGCUACAGUGUUUCCCACUAUCCUGAAUUUGGGCACAGCGUUUUUCUGCACAGCAGCUGAAAGACAGGAGUAAGAGACAGCAUCAAGCAAGACAAGUGUACCUUGGAAAAACAGAGUCUUCGCUUUAGAAGCUCUUCUUUCAGGCUAACCCUAACCCCCGGUGCUCAGUGGAAUGAGAGUAUGUGGCAGAAAGGCUCUGACCUUGCUGAGCAGCGUGUUCGCUGUGUGCAGCCUGGGGCUCCUGGGCAUCGCGGUCAGCACCGACUACUGGCUCUACCUGGAGGAGGGCAUCAUCCUGCCGCAGAACCAGAGCAUCGAGAUCAAGAUGUCCCUUCACUCUGGACUCUGGAGGGUCUGCUUCCUCACAGGUGAGGAAAGAGCCCGCUGUUUCACAAUAGAAUAUGUCAUGCCGAUGAAUAUACAGAUGACGUCCGAAUCUACAGUCAGUGUGCUAAAAAUGAUCCGCUUGGCUACCCCCUUCCCUCUGGUCAGCCUCUUCUUCAUGUUCAUCGGGUUCAUUCUGAACAGCUUUGGGCACAUCCGUCCUCACAGGACUAUCCUGGCCUUUGUGUCUGGAAUCUUCUUCAUCCUCUCAGGUCUGUCCUUAGUUGUUGGGCUGGUGUUGUAUAUAUCCACCAUCAAUGAUGAGGUGUUGAACAGGACGAAGGACAACGAAGCCUACUUCAGCUAUAAGUAUGGCUGGUCUUUCGCCUUCGCUGCCAUAUCUUUCUUGUUGACUGAGAGCGCGGGGGUGAUGUCUGUGUACCUGUUCAUGAAGAGAUACACUGCGGAGGAGAUCUGUAGGCCUCAGCCUGGAUUCUACCGGCCACGGCUUAGCAACUGCUCUGAUUACUCCGGUCAGUUCCUGCACCCGGACUCCUGGGUACGAGGCCGCAGCCCCUCGGACAUUUCCAGCGAUGCUUCUCUCCAGAUGAACUCGUCCAACUACCCUGCCCUGCUCAAGUGUCCCGAGUAUGACCACAUGUUGUCCUCUCCUUGCUGAGGAUCUGGAACAACAGCACCUGCCUCCCAUAUUCAGAGGGUCUCAGCGUAACACGUUUUACAAGCGACGCAAAAAGGUGCAGCCGCAGAGCUGAAACCUGGUUAUUCAAUAUACACAUCUUUUUCCUUUCUCUCUCUCUCUCUCUCUUUUCAAGAUUCUUAAACACAAAGUCAAUAUACUGUACGGCCACGCAGAAGAAAGCAAGCUGAAGAGGGAGGGAAAGGCAGAGAAGGGUUUAGUUUGGAUGCUGUUCACUAGAUGAAUAUGUAAAUAGCACACUGAAGAGAUGUUUUCUGCAGUGGUCCUGUCGCAAGGGCUGAAUGUAUCGAUUUUUUUUUUUAAGUGGUUUAUUAUUGCUGGAACUGCAUCACACAAUGGCAGGGCUUGGUGUGUCAGUGAAGAAGGGUUAACAUUGCCCAUGCUUUAUUUAUUAUUACAUGCUUUAUUACUUUUCUUUCGAAAAUGUUUGUAGAUAAAUUAUUAAAGCACAUACAAAUAUAAACCUUUUUUUGCUCUAGUGCAAAGAGGUUUUUGUUGUUUUUUUUUUUUAAAUCCAAAAUAAACUUUUAGUGUAGCUGUAAUAUUAUUAUCAUUAUUAUUAUUAUUAUUGAUCCAUGGUUUCACAGUAAGCACAGGGAUAAGCAGAAUGUCAAUCCUGCAAACCUUUACAGUACAGUAAUUGCUUUUUUUUUAAUAGUUCUGUAACAUUAUCUGGAACACACAUUUCACUGGAGUGAAUUCCUCAAAGGAUCAACUUUAUCAUUUCAAACAAAUUCUACUAAUUACUUAAGUAUCAUUCUUUAUAUAUAUAUAUAUACAGUGUAGAUCUAGAGAUCUUAGUGCUGAUAGAAGGUGUGGGACACCGGCACCAGCUAAUUAUUAUUAAUAAUAAUAA